AUGACGGACCACAUCGGUACGUUCCCCGAACUCAAGGGCAAGGUUGCCCUUGUCACUGGCAUUGGCCAAAUGGGGGACCCCCAGAUGUGGGGAAAUGGUGCCGCAACAGCACGAGUCUUGAGUCGUAACGGUGCCAAAAUCUUUGGCUGCGAUCUACACCUCGAGCCUGCCUUGCACACCAAACAGCGUAUCGAGGCCGAGGGCGGCGUGUGUGAGGUAACGACAGCAAAUGUUACAUCCUCUGAAGAUGUGAAACGGAUGGUCGAGGAAUGUGUUGCAAAGUUCGGGCGCAUCGAUAUCCUGAUCAACAAUGUUGGGCGUUCGGAGCCAGGUGGUCCGGCUGAGAUGACAGAGCAAGUCUGGGACGCCCAGACUGAUAUUAACCUCAAGUCGGUCUAUCUUUGCUGCCACGAAGUUCUCCCGAUCAUGGAAAAGCAAGGCGGCGGUGCCAUCGUCAAUGUUGCCUCGGUUGCCGGAAUUCGGUAUAUUGGAAAGCCCCAGGUUGCAUAUUCCGCCACCAAGUCCGCUGUCAUCCAGUUCACCAAAGCUACGGCUGUAAUCUACGCCAAUCGCAACAUCCGUCUCAAUGUGGUUGUACCAGGGCUGAUGCACACACCAUUGGUCAGCUACCUUGCAGACAAGUAUGCAGGUGGGGACUUGGAAGGGUUCAUUGCGAAAAGAAACAAGGCAGUUCCAAUGGGUCGCAUGGGCGACUCUUUCGAUGUUGCCAACUGCGCUGCCUUUUUGCUCUCGGAUUCAGCUCGCUACAUUACCGGGCAGAAGAUUGUUGUGGAUGGCGGCAUCACCUCUUCUACUGGUUAA